AGCCCGCGCCGUUGCCAGGGGAACGGGCCCGCGCCGGACGAGGCCCAGCCCGUGUCAGCCUCGCCCCGCGGUACAGCCAGCCCGCUCGAGCCGGAGCCGGAGGACUUGCGGGCCUAACCUCCCCCGCGCGGCCCGGGAUGGGGCCCCGAUCCGGGGCGCACCGCCUCCGGGUCCCGGGAACCGUCUCCGCUGCGAGAGUCUGAAGCGCCGCCGCCCUGGGGUGGGUGGACGGCCAGGCGCGGGGGCUGAGCCGCUGAGUGACCUUGGCAAGGCCGAUCGGCUCGGUCGACGACGCGCAGAUGUUUUCAAGUCAGAAAACAUUUACUGAGCACCUACUAUGUACAAGAUGAACAUCUGCAACAAGCCCUCUAACAAGACAGCCCCUGAGAAGAAUGUAUGGACAGCACCUGCACAGGCCAGCGGACACUCCCCGGAGCUGCAGGGCCAGCGGUCCCGCCGGAAUGGGUGGAGCUGGCCCCCUCACCCGCUCCAGAUUGUGGCCUGGCUGCUGUACCUCUUCUUUGCUGUGAUUGGCUUUGGGGUCCUUGUUCCCCUCCUGCCUCACCACUGGGUGCCUGCUGGCUAUGCUUGCAUGGGCGCCAUCUUUGCUGGCCACCUCGUGGUGCACCUGACUGCUGUUUCCAUCGAUCCAGCAGAUGCCAAUGUGCGGGACAAGAGCUAUGCUGGGCCCCUGCCCAUCUUCAACCGCAGCCAACAUGCACACGUCAUUGAAGACCUGCACUGCAACUUGUGCGACGUAGAUGUGAGUGCUCGUUCCAAGCACUGCAGCGCCUGCAACAAAUGCGUGUGCGGCUUUGACCACCACUGCAAGUGGCUCAACAACUGCGUGGGCGAGAGGAACUACCGGCUCUUUCUACACAGUGUGGCAUCUGCCUUACUGGGCGUCCUGCUCCUCGUGCUGGUGGCCACUUAUGUCUUUGUGGAGUUCUUUGUCAACCCCAUGCGGCUGCGUACCAACCGCCACUUUGAAGUCUUGAAGAAUCACACAGAUGUGUGGUUCGUGUUCCUGCCUGCUGCCCCUGUGGAGACCCAGGCUCCUGCCAUCCUGGCUCUGGCUGCCCUUCUCAUCCUUCUGGGCCUGCUCUCCACAGCCCUGCUCGGCCACCUGCUCUGCUUCCACAUUUAUCUCAUGUGGCACAAGCUCACCACCUAUGAAUACAUCGUGCAGCAUCGUCCGCCCCAGGAGGCGAAGGGGGCCCACAGGGAGCUUGAGUCAUGUCCCCCCAGGAUGCGGCCCAUUCAGGAGAUGGAGUUCUACAUGCGGACCUUCAGCCAUGUGCGCCCAGAGCCCCCUGGCCAGGCCAGGCCUGCCUCAGUGAAUGCCAACCCCUCCCGGUUCCUUGCCACCCGCGGCCACGUGGAGCCUCCACCGCCCUCCUCCCCAGAGACUCUCGCUCUGACCCCCCGGAUCCGACCCCAGAAAAAAAGGAAGCGGCGCAUGUAUAAGGUACCGACCUCCAGAACCUUGGACCGGGAGCCCCCGUUGCCCAGGCUGCCGGGGCCGCGGACCCCCGGCCGCCGCUCCAGCUCGUCGUCGGAUUCCGCUGACGCCAGCCCUGCAGGCGCCUACCACUCGGCGUCAGCCGAGUCCAUGGAUGAGAUUCCAGUGGCUCAGACGCGCCUAGGCAGCGCCGGUCUGGCCUCCCCCGUGGGCAGGGGCAGAAAGCCCCGGCUGGCGCUGCAGGCGCGUGCGCCGGCCGUUUUCGUAAGCCCGAGUAGCGGCGAGCCCGGUGCUCGGGGCGGCCCGGAAGCCGGUCUCGCUUAGCUGGGACAAGAAGCAGGGAUGGCGGAGGAGCGGCGGGACAGACUCUCUAUGCAACACCCCCACCCCCGCCGCACUGAGUGCACUUUAGGGGCCCCUAAGGGCCGGCGGGAUCGGCCCCCUCCCCCAUGACUCAGCAAUAACAGCCCCCACCAGCCGUGAUGCUCCAAUAAACUUUUUUAUGCUUUUG